AUGUGCGUUUCAGAAUGUGGACCGCUGAUUGUAUCAGAUGAGAUCGUCGUUCGCGGGAAUGUGAACAGGAUUGGCAGCUAUAUUCGUCUCGACUGUAAAGAAGGCUACAUCCCGUCGUUCACCAAGAACACGGUCGAAUGUAUCAACACGGGCAAUUGGACCGAGCACGACAUGACUUGUGAGUGUGAAGCGGGCUGGACCAAGUUCCAAACGUCUUGUUAUCAGUAUUUCGCUAACCAAAGUUUCUGGGAUGAAGCAAAGCGCGCAUGCGAGGAUGAUAACGCCCAACUUGUUUCGAUAACCAGCCAGGAGGAGUACAAUUUCGUUCACAGCUAUAUACAGGAAGCAAAUGUUGGUGCAAUCUGGAUCGGAGCUAGCGAUAGAAGAGUUGAAGGGUCAUGGACAUGGAUAUCUGGAGAAAAAUGGGAUUAUAAGCGCUUUGCUGAGGGAGAGCCGAAUGGAGGCAGGAAAACAAAUUGCCUCAUUAUGCGGAAUAACAGCGGAUGGGAGGACAUUGGUGGCAAAACAAACAGAUUUUGUUAUAUGUGUGAAAGAAAAGUAUGA